GGUCAUGCUGGUGUAAGGGCUCACUUGGCCCGUUUCAAUCAGACCAAUUCCAGUAUCUGCCCUGAGUGUAAUGUGGAAGACACAAUUAGUCACUUCAUCUUGCACUGCUCGUUCUUCACUGAUCAGUGGAGGGAGUUUCGCUCAGCUCUGGAGAAUCUUUUGAUUCCCUGGAACCUCAUCUCAGCUCUUGGUGGAGGAGAUAUCCUCAAAAAAGAAGAACUGCAGUAAUUCGUCACCUUGGACAGUACCUGUUGGGAUGCAACAUGGUUAACAACCUUUGAAAAAUUUCCAGUGCCUAAUUCUUUUUUACUUCCUUCCAUACAACAACCACCGGCUGGUGAGAGGCCUUAGAGAUCUACUUUGAAAUCAGAGUGGCAAUAUAGUACAAGGAAACCCAGUUGUGCUCAGGCUGGGAGGUGUGAUCUAUUCAUACCCAAAGUCUUCAAAGCAAUUUAAAAAAAAUGGAUUUGAUAGAAAAUCAACUGCUUUUUCUUGAAUACUACCUCGCCCUGAGAUGGCCUCUAUUGAUGAUUUACCCAAUGUUAUUCUAGAAUACAUCCUAGGGAAGGUGUCUCCAUACGGAGAUAUAAAGGCUUGUUCAAUGGUGUGUUCAAGAUGGCAUCAGUGUUGCCAGCGAGUUGCUCAAGUUAUGAAAACAAGAUUUCAGUCUGCUGUGCUGAAUGGACCUCUUGGCAUGAAGAUUAUCCCUGCAUGUCCUACAUCCUCCUUUGCUUCAAGUCGUAUGAUGCAAUCUGCGUGUGUGGUGGAAUCAGAUUUAUAUCUUUUUGGUGGUUGCACAUCCGCUCUUACUACGUUUAAUGAUCUCUGGCGAAUCAAUCUUCAAAGUGGGAAAAUUAAUCUUGUCCAUGCCAUACCUACCUCAACUGUACCCAGUCCAAAAUCACACUUGCCUCUUGUUUCCUGGAACGGGCACUUGAUUUUGUUUGGUGGAUGGGCCAGCCCGUGUCCAUAUCCUCUACACCAGAGUGGCAUUUUAUUUGACGAACUCCACUGCUUCAAUAUUGACAAAAAUAUUUGGAUACCAGUAGAUUUUCCGGGCAAGCCACCUGCUGUUGCUGGUCAUACUGCUACAGUUCAUGGGGAUGUUAUCGUUUUCUUUGGAGGCUUUCAGAACAACGGUCAAGGCAUUCAUGUUAGUUCAAACUCAGUAACAUGCUUAGAUAUGAAGAAAGGUAAAUGGUUGAAGCCUAGGAUUUCGUAUAAUUCACCGCCACCAAGGUAUGGUCAUUCUCAGUUCAAAUUAGAUGAAAAACACGUUAUCAUCAUGUCUGGUUGCGGUGGUUACAAUGAUUUGCAUUGCGAUUAUUGGAUGCUGACCAUACCUUCUGACAUUCGGUCUUCGGAGUCCUGGGAGUGGCGGAGGCUCAGAGAGGAACAGUCUGAUUACAUGCCCAAAAAGCUCUGGUGUUCCCCUUCUUGUCAAGUUGAUGAUAAUAUUGUUGUACUGUCGUACGAAUCACACAUUACUAGCAAAGUCACGCUGCCUGCAGCUGGACAUGUUGCCGCCAUCGGACGUGUUGAGUGUACCAAAGCCCCCAUGCCUGAACCUCCCGUUGUCAGCCAUUUUAAACCUUCUGUUAGACCAAACGCCAACAAUCACCGUGAACUUCGUAAAUCGCUUCUUGACAAACAUUCCAUUCGCUUGCAGUUAUUGAGUAAUAGUAAUGCAGCUCAAUGUGUGGCCAGUCCUGGUAGUUCACAGCGAAUCGAAAAUGUAGGUUAUGUGAAGCCAUCGUGUCGGCAAGGGGUUUACAUACUUUCCCUUAAGAAUGUAUUGAGUGAUGGAGUGGUUCGAUGGUUGCCAGGUCCUACGUGUUGUUUUGAUAACGAUCCUCCUCACCCAAGACUUCUAUCUUCCCUAGUUCUAGGAAAAGCAGAACUUAUUUUGUGUGGCGGGAAGAAGGCCCGAGAAUGUGAUUGUGAUCCGGAUGAUCCCAUUCCUCCUAUAGUUUACCUGCGGGCCACUGCUUUGCCUCCCCCUUAGCGCUGGAAUGCUGUUGGCUCGCAUCUACUGAGCUGCAUUCGGAGUCUGUGAGUGGUCGGUGACGGACACAUGAUGAAAUUGCCUCUACCGCUCAUUUUAGUCAAAGUUUGCGUCUUCAAGAGAAUUUAUUCUGCUUUGAAAGUGAUAUUGAAUAUGAAUUCUAUUAGAUUGAUGAAAUCUAGGUACAUGUUUUAGGAGUUUCAUCCUUCAUAAUUUAUUUACAAUAAGAUGAAGAAGUGCCUGCUGUCAGGAUUAGUGUUUAUUCUGGACAACGUGUGGAGUCUAAUAAUAUAAUUGUAUAUGCUACGAUAAGGGAGGUAAUUAUUUCAAUUUGUCCUUUUUUGGCAAUAUUUGCAAUAUACUUAGGUACCUAUAUACUUAGUUACUCGCUAUAGGUAAGAAAUUCAUGAACGUAGUCUAUCUGAUGAUCGUCUCUCACCUGCUUUUCUUGCUGGCACGACGUUUGACCAUCUUCACUUGGCUUCUCUGCUAACUCUGCAUGGUUCGUCUUGUGCAAUGCAACUCGUACACACCUACGGUCUAUAACCUAAAAAAAUAAAAUAAUUGCAUACUGUUGUUCGAUUCUUAUAUUAUUAUUUGUUUCAUAGGUACCGUAUUUAAUCUGUUCAGUGAACUUAUUGUUGAUUGCACAGAUAAAUAGAAUUUCAAUUUGUU